AUGAACGGUUUCACUAAGGUAUAUCACAAGAAGUCCUACGAUCGAAUCGAUCCGACGGUUCAAGCAAGUUCACAACUUGGACGGACUGUUUUGAUUACUGGCGGGUCGGAGGGCAUUGGCUACGGCAUUGCGCAGGGAUUCGCUCGAGCAAAAGCGAGUCGGAUCAUCCUUGUUGCGAGAAAUGAAACCAAACUCGACGCCGCCUCCGCCCAGCUUAAGAGUGGGUUCCAAAGCACUGAGGUUCUAACGAGAGUUUGCGACUGCUCCGACGUCGGACAGCUCGAGGCGUUGUUCGCGCAUCUCAACUCGGAGGCAAUUUUCGUGGAUGUGCUCAUCCUGAAUGCCGGAGCGACGAGCAAUACCACGACUGCUGCCGAAGUCGCGGCAGUCUUCCAUUUCAAUGUCAUCAGCAAGAUCCAUCUCCUCGAGCUUUUCCAGAAUCAAAAAUCGCCGAAUGGCGGCUCGAGUCCGCGGAAGAUAGCCAUUGAGAUUAGCUCGGCGUCAGUCCACUGCUAUGGCGGCUAUCCUCGCACGGCGUAUCCAUCGAGCAAAGCCGGCUUCGCCAACUACCUUUGCCACAUGGCAGAACAUGUGCCAGAGACCGAAUUGCGGUUGAUCUCAUUGCAUCCAGGAGCGAUUUUCACGGCUGCAUCUGCUGCGGCGAGUCCGAUGGGUGCUGACUCGCCGUUCUGGGACCACGUUGAUCUUCCAUCGCAUGUGGCCGUGUGGCUUGCGAGUGAAGAGUCGGCGUUCUUGCACGGUCGUUACAUCUGGGCGAACUGGGAUGUCGGGGAACUUGUCGCACUCAAGGAGAAGAUCAUUGAUGACAAAAGCCUUCUCAAAGUCGGCAUCAUCGGUGUUCCCAGCUUUACGCUGCAAGAUCUUAUUAAAAGCGCCACCCCUCCUGCUAAAGAUUGA